AUGGAUGAAAAAGGUUUUUCUCUCAAACUCUUCAACCACUUUCGAUACUGUUGUUCAUCUUUUAACUGGAGCGGUUUUCGUGAUUCUCCCAUGGCACCUACUCGAAAAAAGGGCGCCAAGAAAUCACUGGCCACAGCUGCUGCUUCCCGGGAGUGGAAACACGGCGAUCUCGUGCUUGCUAAAGUGAAAGGAUUCCCUGCUUGGCCUGCUACGGUAAGUGAGCCGAACAAAUGGGGAUACUCAGUUGAUCGGAAGAAAAUAUUUGUUCUCUUCUUUGGAACCGAUCAAAUUGCUUUCUGCAAUCCUGCUGAUAUUGAGGCAUUCACUGAAGAGAAGAAACAGUCUCUUGCCAAACGUCAAGGAAGGGGUGCUGAUUUUGUUCGCGCAUUAGAUGAGAUUAUUGAAUGUUAUGAUAAGUUAGACAGAGGGACUCAAGUUGAUGAAACUAGCUCUGGUGGUGAAGUUGCUAAUGCAAAUGUGGGAAAUCCACUUGACCCAUCUUCCAACUCAGGGUUCAAAGAUCAGUUGAAUUCUCCCUGGACAGUUAAUUCACAAAUGAAAUUAUCAAAUUCUAUGACUGGCAGACCUGAGCAAGUUUAUGCAGCUGAGGACGAUCCAUUUGGUGUACCGAGGAAUGAAACUUAUCUUAAAGAGGCUACAGGUGACGCUGUUGCAACUGGAACUGUAAAAUCCUUUUUGCCAGUGAAGCAAGAAAAUGAACCAGUUCAAAGGUCCAGAAGCUCAUCAAAGGUCCAAAACACUGUUCUACAUCGUAGUGAUGGUCGAAAUAAUGGUGGCAAUAAUGAUGGCAACAUAUCAGCUGAUACAAUUCAGAACAAAUUUAUUAGAAGAAGGACUAGGCAUAUCAAGAAAUCACCUGAUCUUUUUGGCUGCCAUGAUACUGAUUCAUCUGCGUUUGCCUCAAAUGUUAGCAUGGUGGAAAAUGGUUCUGAUGGCUGUAGCUUAAAUGUGGGAAGUGCCAAAAAUUCUGAUUUAAAACUUGAACAAUCUGAGAUUAUUGAGGGCUCUAAAUAUAAAGUUGAGUUAAAGAAAGUCUUUGGUCGUGACAUGAAGGCUGCAAUUGGCAAGAAGAAAAGAAAACCAAACAGGACAAGGAAAACCGACAAUGCUUGUGUUCAGAAUGCCAAUCAAAGUUUGCAGAAUACGUCUGAAAAUCCCAAAGAAAUUUGCUCUUACCAAGAUGGAGAUGAACACUUACCCCCGUCGAAGCGAGCCAGAGUUAGAAUGAUUAGCUCAUCAUCCACAGGGGAAGAACACAAAAGAAUUGCACGAGUACAGGAGAAAAGUAUUGUUGUUGUUGCUUCACCAUUGCGGAUAAUCACAUCACCAAAUUGUGAAAAUGGCUGCCUUGCUGAUGGAGACUCAUCGCCGUGGAAUAGGGCUUUGGGUAGUGUUUCUCCUAAGUUAUUAACUUCCUGUUCCGAAAAUGGGUCACAGACUUCUGAAGUUAAGAAAGACCAAUUACUUGGCUUCUCUAUGGAUGAUGAAUCUGCUUUACCUCCAUCUAAACGCAUCCAACGUGCAUUAAAAGCAAUGUCUGCCUAUGCUGCUGAAGGAGCUUGUAUUGAAUCACCACCCUCUAAAAUGCCUUCAAGUGGUAGAUGCUGUAUAUCUGCUGCAAUCAAGAGAUGUUCUUGUAUGAUUAUUGACAACCAAGGAGCUGCUAAAAUAGAUUCACAAGUUGUAUUGCAUGAAGAAAUCUCUCCUGAUGUUGAUAUGAAAUGUUGUCAAGUUGGAAGCAAUCAAGAUUCACCAGGUCCAUCAUUACCACCAAGUGCGAAUGAAAGUAUCAGACAUGUGAUCCAUUCAAAUGCAUCUGAUACAUUUCAUCACGGUGGAAUAAAUCUUGAUCCUGUGGCGGGUCCGAAUAAAAGUGGCAAUUCGUUACCUCAAAAUAGUAUCGCCGUGCCUCAGAAUAUGGUGAUGGUUUGUGAGGAUAUGAAGCAAACAUCUGGCGACAGCAGUAAAAUCAAUGACAAGCACGAGGUUGUGAAAGAAGUAAAAUUUAAAAAACAGGAGGAUGAUAUGAUUUCUCUAUCAAUAUCCGAUGGUUCAAGGGAAAACGGUGUUUUGGGCAUUCGAGCAAGCUCAUCCUUGACUGACGGGGGAGUUUUCCUUCCACAAGGUUCACCUCCAAAUACCUCAGUUCGCAAUGUUUCUACAUCAGACAGUAGUAAUAUUCAUCAAAAUGGAAGCUGUAGCCCUGAUGGACUCCAGAAGAGUAUUUUAUCCGGUUCUGUUGAUGGAUGGAAAGUUGGGGCUGUGGCAAAUCAACAAUCAAGAUCUAUAGACAAAUCAACUGAAGCAGGACACGCAGCUUUGUUAUAUUUUGAAGCAGUGCUUGUGACCUUGAAAAGGACAAAGGAAAGUAUUGGUCGUGCAACACGCAUUGCUAUUGAUUGUGCAAAGUUUGGCAUUGCAACAAAGGUGGUGGAAAGUCUUGUCCACAGUCUAGAAAAUGAGCCAAGCCUUCGUCGGAGAGUGGAUCUGUUUUUCCUUGUUGACUCUAUUGCUCAACAUUCUCGAGGUUUGAAAGACGAUGUUGGUGGAGUAUAUCCAGCUGCUAUGCAAGCAGUCUUGCCACGGCUUUUGUCUGCUGUUUCCCCUCUUGGAAAUACUGCACCUGAAAAUCGUAGGCAGUGUCUUAAGGUGUUAAGGCUGUGGUUGGAGAGAAGAAUCCUCCCAGAAUCCAUUAUUCGCCAUCAUAUCAGGGAACUAAACUCAUAUAGCAGGCCAGCUUUUGCAGAUGUUUACUCACGCCGUUCAUUGAGAACAGAAAGGUCUUUAGAUGACCCUAUUAGAGAUAUGGAGGGUAUGCAUGUUGAUGAAUAUGGAAGCAACUCGAGUUUUCAGUUAUCUGGAUUUCGCAUGCCCUGUAUGCUUGAAGAAGGAGGGAGUGAUUCUGAUGGAGGGAACUUCGAGGCUACUGCGCCUGGGCAUGAUUCUGAAACAUAUGAAGUACAAGAAGUGUCUCAUGCAUUUGAAAAACAUAGGCAUGUGUUGGAAGAUGUUGACGGCGAGCUUGAAAUGGAAGAUGUGGCACCCUCUUUUGGUGUGGAAUUGAAUUCGAUUUGUAAUGUUGAUGGAAGAACUGCAUCACAGCUUGAUCAGAAACCUCAUCUGUCCUUUGCUCCUCGUUUAACUCAAGAUGUGCCAUCAUCUUCCCCAGCUCCACCAUCAUUCGCUCCACCACCACCACCACUAUCUCCUCCACCUCCACCUCCGCCGCCCCCACCAACACUGCAUCUCAUGUCAGCUACAUCUGAUCAAUAUGGCACUGCAGUUGAUUCCAAACCUUUUACAGAUUCACAGGCAGUGCAUGGCAAAACAUUUCCUUCUGCGGCUCAUCCCUUAGAUGCACCAAGAAAUAGUCGACCUAUGGAUGCAUCGCAGUUUCAAAUCCCAGAGUGUAGAGACGUGCAAAUGCAGAUACCAGAGUCUCCUUGUUCUUUCAACAGUCACCCUGUACGACCACCAGAAAAUUCCAGGAGUGCUGACGGUUUUCCUAUGCAUAAUAAAGAUUACAUACUACGACCACCACACCGUGUGCCAUCGGAUCAGUUUUCUUUCAUUCAUGCGGAAAAUCGUCCAAGGCCUCAGAGGGAGGUUCCACCACCCCCUUCAUACUCCAAUAGACAACACUUUGUGCAGAACACAAGGAGGGAGAACUUCUAUAACACUCACGAGAGAGAUGGAAUGAGAUACAAUACUCGUGCACUGCAUGAACAGAGAUGGAACACUCGGACAGCACGUGAAGAGAGGUGGAAUACUCGGGCAUCACGUGAAGAGAGGUGGAAUACUCGGAUACCACAUGAAGAGAGAUGGGGUUUUCGGACACCAUAUGAAGAGAGAUGGAAUACUCGGUCGCCAUAUUCUGAUUUGCCUUCCCCUUAUGAUUGCCAUCCAAGUGCAUCGACUAGAUCACAAGGUCAUGGUUGGAGAUUACCUCACCUGCCAAUGAAUUACAGAGGCUCCCUGCCUUUUAGAUCAGCCUUCCAUGAUGCAAUUCCAGUAGUUAGAGGCCCAGGCUUUUGGCGGCCUAGGAGAACUGAAGUUAACCGACAAUGA